AUGGCCGACACAGAGCGGCCAAAGACGCCGCCGAGGCCAGCAACCACCGCGAAACCACCCAUAACGCCCGAGCAAGUCCGGCGCAUGGAAGAGUCCCGUCUGCGAGCCAAAGCGCUCCGAUUACAGCAGGAGGCAGCAUCGAACAGACAAGGCCCUAGCAAAGCACAGCCAUACCCCGUCGCUGGGCAAAAACGAGCACAUGCAGCGAUAGUGGACAGAAAUGGUCCAGCCAACAGUAGAGAUGCUCGCACUACCAACAAGCCCAACAGCAACAAUGGUCUGGCCCAGUCCGCAGAUACAGACAUACGGCCAGCACGGAAGUUCCAGAAGUAUGUGGAGUAUGACUUCAGCAAGAUGACAGACACGAAGGGUGGCUUCAUGACGCAUGAGGAUGAUCCGCAUAACAAGACCUUGAACGCUCCAGAUGCGGACGGCAAGCCUGCGCAUAUGUCCUUGAAAGAGUGGGAGACGCAGCAGCUACAACGACGGCUGCGGAACCAGCGAGCAGGACCGUACGAGCCAGGUCUGUCAGUGUUCAAGGAGAAUGCAAAGAAGUGCCGGGAGUGCGGUAGCUUGGAGAUCGACUGGCAGUGGGACGAAGUGUUCCACAUACACGUCUGCAAUACAGACAAGGAGAAAUACCCUGAGAAGUACUCGCUGUUGACCAAGACCGAGGCCAAAGAAGACUAUCUCCUUACAGAUCCCGAGUUGAAAGACGAACAACUACUUCCACAUCUCGAAAAGCCGAAUCCUCACAAAGCACACUGGAACAGCAUGAUGCUGUAUCUACGAUGUCAGAUAGAAGAGUAUGCAUUCUCAGACAAGAAGUGGGGUAGCCCAGAAGCCCUUGACAAAGAGUUCGAGAAGCGGCAGAAAGAUGCGAAAGAUAGGAAGGAGAAAAAGUUCAAGAACAAGCUGCAGGAGCUGAAGAAGAGGACAAGAGUUGAUGCAUACAAGCGUGCGAGAGGCGGAGGAGGUGGAGAAUUUGGAGAUGUCCUUGGAGGAGGCAAGCAUGAACAUGAGUGGGGACGGAGCGUGGAUGACCCCGAGACGGGCAUGAUGAAGAAGAGGUGCAAUGAGUGUGGUAUGGAGGUUGAGGAGCUGGAACUGGAGCUGUGA